UGACGUCAUUGCCGCGGUGCAGCACCAUCACUUGCUGAGAGCAGAUAGAGAGAGAAGUGUGAGGCUAAAAAUGGGUAAUUUCCAGCCAACAGUCAUUCCUUUUGAGGACUUUGAUGUGGUGGCAGAUAUCAAGGCCAUCCGUAAGGCCUGCAAAGGAAUGGGCACAGAUGAGGAGGCUAUCAUCGACAUCUUAGCGAAUCGUUGUGCUGCACAGCGGGUGGAGAUUAAGCAAGCAUAUUUUGAGAAAUAUGAUGAUGAGCUGGAGGAGGUGCUGAAGAACGAGCUGACAGGAAGCUUUGAGAAGGCCAUCAUAGCCAUGCUAGACCCGCUUCACGUCUACGCUGCUAAAGAGCUGAGGAGGGCCAUGAAGGGGGCGGGGACAGACGAGGACGUCCUGGUGGAGAUUCUGUGCACCAGCACCAAUCAGGACAUUAGGAAUAUGAAAGAGGCUUAUGUCCAGGUACAUGAGCGUGACCUGGAGGCUGAUAUUGAGGACGACACCAGUGGAGAUGUCAGACAUUUGUUGAUUUCACUUCUGCAGGCCAGCAGGGAUGAGAGUUAUGAGGUGGAUGAAGAGCUGGCUGAGCAGGAUGCCACAUCACUGAUUGAGGCUGGAGAGGGUCGUUUCGGCACAGACGAAAACGCCUUUACGUACAUCCUCACCCAAAGGAACUAUCUGCAGCUUCAGGCCACCUUCAAAAUCUACGAAUCACUCUCUGGAACUGAAAUCCUUGAUGCCAUCGACAGUGAGGCCACAGGGACGCUAAAGGACUGCUACAUUACUCUGGUUCGGUGUGCUAAAAACCCACAGCUGUACUUCGCUCGGCGGCUAAAUGCUGCGAUGAAGGGAGCCGGGACAGACGAGGACACGCUCAUCCGGAUCAUAGUGGGACGCUCUGAGGUGGAUCUGGAGACCAUAAAGGACAUGUAUCUGGAGAAAUAUGACGUGACUCUGAAGGACGCUCUGAGCGCAGACUGCGGAGGAGAUUUUAAACGCCUCCUGCUGGCUAUCCUACACUGAGUGUGCAGAAUAAAGCAUUAAAACGGGUCUAAACUGUGUCAGUACUGACCAAAUAACCACAGGACCUUUCCACCAACACUGCCUACAGAACCAGCACUAACUGUGCACCCAGUCUCACAAUCUGUAUUAUUACAUUCUCACUCCAUCCCUCUGUUUCUACAACGGCUAUACUCACUAACGUUCAAAAGCCUGAAAUCACUGAAUAUAUUCACAACUGUUCAUCCUUUAUUCCAUAAGAUACCAGUUUAAUUUUAUUUGGAGCAAAUCUUUAUGAAAUGGUAAAUAACAUACUGUACCAAUACUGCAUUAAUUGAUUUGGGCACUUUCUUAUCAAGUCUCAAGAUCCAUCAACACUAUAGGAGAAAAUUCACAUUCAGUAUACCCAUUUAAAAAAGCAUACUGAUCACUCUAUUAGAUAUCAGAUUGAUCUUAAAUAUUUCUGGAUAUUAGUUUUCCUAAAACUGCAUUAUAGAUUUUUAUACUUUUUAUGAGAAUUUAGUUUCUCAGAAUUCUAGAUAUAAAGCUUUUAUUGGAAGUUUAUAAAGAGCAUUCACUGUAUUAUAACUCUGUUUUGGAUAUUAAUAUUAUUCUAUAUUAAAGCUGAUGUCCAUAAGUUUUGGGAUUUAGGGCCCUCUAUGGUGAGAAUGGGUAAUUGCACCGAGAAUGCGGAAAAAUCAUUUUAAUCUGGGCGGGUGUGAUUCGCUCUCCUUUCAGAGCGGAUGAAUUCAAUUCCAGGUUAUGUUCAGUCAGAGAGAGAGAGAGAAAACGCGAGUGCUCAGUUAGAAACGACACUCCUUCGUUUCUUUGGUUUUACUAUGAGUGAAGGAGCUACUGAGCUCUGAGUUUCCUCUUCUGAAGUCCCCGUUGCUCCACCAGCCGCUCGUGUUCAGUAAAACUGAGCCGGAUCCUCUUUUAUUCUGAAUAUUAAUCUUAUUAGAACUUCAGACCGAAUGUUUUAGAAUUAGGGUACAGCUCAGUUCAUCAUUAUCUACUUUAUUUCUGCAUUUGUUACAGAUUCAUACUAUAUAUGACAGUAUGGCUAAUGUUAUAAAACUGACCUCUUUAUGUUUAUGCUACAAACUCUCACAUUUAUCUCACAGUGCCUUUUCUAGGGAUCUUUCACAACCUCAGCCAUAAUCCUGUGCCUGAAAAGACAAAAACAUACCAGAUAUCUGUGUACACAGCUUCCCAUUUCAACUGUUUUCUCUUUUAGUGAAGCGAUUGUGGUGCACCGGUGAUAGUGUGUUAUCUGAACACCUUUUAACGUGUAGGUUCUCUUUAAGGGUUUGUACUGAAUAUCAUAGUAAAGCAUAAUGUAGCUUAAUAAUAAUAACAGUAAUAUAAUAUAUUAGCAAUUGCACUCUAAGCCUUGCAGUACUGAUAUUUUUUUUAAAGAUCUUAUUAUUAUUUGAGAUAUUGAAAUGUGCAAUGGGAUGAUACUCUUCUUUGCGGUGUUUUGUUAAACAAAUGACUCUAUAAAUACUGUCAUGCUUUUUAGAGCAAACUUGCUAUGCACCAAUGAUAAAACAUAUCUAAAUGCCUUGUAGAGACAGAUAUUGUAUACAUGUUUGUGGGAAAUUUGUUUAAAAUAAACAAAAACAAAGAGUAGAAAUUAAAAAACAAAGAGUAGUUUGGCCUAGGGACCAAUAUACUAACAUACAGACAAAAAGCUUGUUUGAUUAUUACCAAUAAAAUGCACCAAAUGACAAA